CAUAAGAAAUGAAAUGAAAAACUCAAAAUCCACACAAUUCUCAACUUCAAAAUUUCAUCCAAAAGAAAAAGCUCUCUCUUUUUCCGGAAAAAAAUAAAGAAUAAAAGCGAAAAUGGCAAAUAUUUCAUUCCUUCACCGCCACCGCCACCUCUACCACGAUCCCGACGACGACUCCUCUCUGCACCUCCACCACCACCGACGUCGCAACCCCCACCGUAGCCUAACAACCGAACCAUACUUUCCUCUCUUUUCCUCAUCUUCUUCUUCUUCUUCUUCCGCACUGCACGACCCACUUUCCCAGGAAAAUACUUUCAACAUAAUUCCCGAAGACGGUGAUGUUUCAGAUCCGGAGUCAGUAAUUUUGGGUGGGGCCGAUCUUCUAGACCGCGAAAAUCAAGUAACUUUCGUUAUGGAUCUUUUUCAACAGCGAGUCGAACAGUCUCAGGUAAUGGGUUCCACUUCCCAUUUGGUAUCUGAUUCAAUUAAUGACUCUGAUUUCGGUGUUUGUGAAUUAGGAAUGGAUCAUUUAGACUUCGAUUUAGGAUUAGGGUUUGGUUUAGAGAAUUAUGAGUUUCAAAAUAUAAACAGCCACAAUAAUGGUAAUAAUAGUAUUAUCAUUAAUGAUAACAAUGAUGAAGAUGAUUUCUUCAUUGAAAGAAGGCUUUCUGGGUUACAAUCUUGUGAGGCUGAGUCUACUGUAAGCUUUCAUUCAAAUGCUAUUCGGGUUGUUGGGUUUGGGUCUGAUUCCGAUUCCGAGGAUAAUGAAAAUACUUUAGCUAUUGAAUUGAAUUCAGGGGAUGAAUUAGAUGAUGUGAAUUUAGGAAAUAAUUGUAAUAGUUUUGAUGAUUAUGUUGAUGAUGAGGAGGAAGAUGCCAGCGUUACAAUUCCUCUUUGCUGGGAUUCACUUCAAUUGGAGGAUCAUAGGGAAAAUAAUGAGGAUUUUGAGUGGGAGGAAGUUGAUGGUCGUGUUGAUGAACGGGAAGUUCUAAGUAUGUUUGUUGAUGAUGAGGAGGCUGCCUCUGUCUCUUUAUCAAUUUAACCUGUAAUUGCACCUGAGGAUAUGGUUAAUGUAGAGAGGGUUGGAGGCUUCGGGAAUUUGGAAUGGGAAGUUUUAUUGAAUGCUAACAAUUUGGAUUCGCAUGCUGAUCAUGACCAUGAUGAUCGUAAUGCUGAGCCGUAUUUUGGGGAUCAUGAUGAUUAUAUUUACACUGCUGAGUAUGAGAUGUUGUUUGGUCAAUUUGCUGAAAAUGAGAAUUCAUUGAUUGUUCGUCCUCCGGCAGCUAAAUCUGUUGUUGAGAAGCUUCCGUCUGUGGUUUUGACAAAAGAGGACGUAGAGAGUAACAAUGCACUCUGUGCUGUUUGCAAGGAUGAGAUUAAUGUUGGGGAGAAAGCAAAGCAGUUACCAUGCACGCAUCGAUAUCAUGGGGACUGCAUUUUGCCAUGGCUGGGGAUUAGGAAUACUUGUCCCGUAUGUCGAUAUGAGUUGCCCACAGAUGAUGCUGAUUAUGAACGAAGGAAAGCAGCACAAAGAGCUGUUGCUGUUGGUCAUCACCUUUGAUGGAGCGGUGGCAUCACCAGUUGGCUAGUGGUAUUCUCACAGAAAAAAUGGCUGAAAACUUUAAACAAUAUGUCUAACACCAAAAAGUGCUGCUGUUGGUAAGACUGAGCUAGUAAGUUGAUUGGCUUCAACAUCCACCAGAACACUGAGCAUUGAGGCCAGAUAUUGUUGCUGGGAGGUGUUUUAGAUUAUGUUUUAUAACUUUGAACAUGUGAGCUUCCUUGUUUAGAUAGGCCUUUUUAAAGAAUUUGUUGGUUUACUACUUGCUAGUGCGCAAUAGAAGUUGUAUUUUGUUGGGGGGAAUCCCUUGUUGCACACUUGGUACAUUUAGGAGUAACAUCCAUGUUUCUUGCAAUUGAGGAAAUAUAUUUUGGCCUGGCAUCUUAGGUGGAUUAUCAUUUA